AUGCCUGCAGCUGUCUUGGCGAUUAUCAAACAAGAACUUUCAACGACGUCCGAACCUCGCCCCGCAGAUGUCCUGGCGUUGGCCCUGGUUUUUCUUGAUCGUGGUUCACCAGAGCAGGUUGCAACCGUGCUGGCGUCAUUGCGCGCUUACCAGCUAGUGGUGGUUUUGUUGAAGCAUUCCAACCUUCUCCUCGUCACAGAAGAUGGAGCAACACGUCUGUCUCCUCUUGCUCAGGUGCUAGCUGAACACAAGAAGGAAGUGUUCACGGAGGUUUUUGUUUCACUCAUUGGAGACGGGACGCUGUCCUUGAACGCUUUCGUAGAUGCUUUCGUAGCUGUGUACCCUAUCGUUUCGUGUGGCCCAGAGUGUAACAUGCACUCUCUCUGGUUGCGAGACUUCCUGGAGAAGUUCUUUUUGGAGUAUGCGCAUAACCCUGAGAUCACAGACCACAGAGAGCGGUAUGACCGGGCAGUAACUGUCCUUGUCAGUUUGUACCUGGCAAGUCUAAUGGGAGCCUUUGGGGAUAAAUCUAAGGAAGACCCAAACUGGAGCGACCAGCGUGCAGCCCUGAAGGAGCUCUACGCCCCGCGUCCCACCUUCCUGAACCUCCUGCCUCCGUUCAACAUGGAGACGUCGCAUGAGAAGGGGAUCGACAAAGCCGAGGUCGAAGACAAGGGACAGGGGGCCGAGAGCAAGGAGGAUUUGUCAUCAACAUUGCUGCAUCUUCUCGUUUUGCAAUCACUACUGAGCUCAGAGCUGCCCUCCUCGGAAGACAGGGCCAAUGUCCUUAAGUUCGUCAAAACAAACCCCACUGCCGUAGGAGCCCAGUCCCUUCACUUACUCUGCCUGGAACCACUCCAGCAGAUGGAGUACAUGCUUGAUCACUUCCCGCUUAUUCUACUCCAGUAUGGCAAGGACGUGUACGAUACCCCGAUCGAGUGGGUGGAUCUUGUGUCCGCUCUGAUCAAUCACAAAGCAGGUCUGCCCUCAAGCGACCCACCACAUCAAGUCUAUUCGGAUGUUUUGAAUGACGUGUUGAGCGAACUAGUAGCCACGUCUCCUCUGGACGUGUUCCUCCGAAUAAUUCCCAGCACCCACCACGAGGAGUUGCGGAACUCCAUUCGACAGUGCCACUCCGCUGCAUUGGCCACCUAUCUGCGUUCAUCAUUGAUAACAUACGCAAACAACUUGUUGGCGCAGAUGGCCAAGUAAUUUAUAAAACCUGUUUUUUUUUUUUUUUUUUUUUUUUCUUUCUUUUUUUUU